AUGAAUUUUGGAAAUGAAGAUUUAAUAAUAAAAUCUGGUUGGUUGACAAAACUUGGCGGUAAUGCUAUCAGAAAAACUUGGAAACGUAGAUGGUUUGUACUUAAAGGAAAUAAUUUAUAUUAUUACAGAGAUCAGAAUGUUAAAGAAGCAUCUGGUGUAAUAAAUUUAUCAUUAUAUAAUUCAAUAUCUCAAGAUACUACUAUAACAAAAAAAUCCCAAUAUUGUAUUAGAAUUGAAAAGGUUAUAAAAGAAUCUGAUUCAAUUCAUUCUAAUCUAAGUACUUAUCAUGAUAUUGCUACUAUUUCAUUCCCCUAUAUUUGUGAUUAUACUGAUAAGAGGAUUGACAAACAACCUAUGACACAGCCCAAAAAGACACAUUAG